GCGUUGUUACCUAGCUUGAUUCGCUGCCAUAAAACCACGGCGUGUUGCUAAGUAGAGAUCACAGAUUAAUUUACUAUCUUCAUCGCCGGUUAUUCUUCAGGAGAAACAACCACUCUGCUGUCACGAUGGUGAAAAUGGUGGACGAUCUCGACGACUUCAAGAAACAGAUGAAGAAUGCCGGAGACAAAGUGGUGGUGGUGGACUUCACGGCUACAUGGUGCUCCCCCUGCAAAAUGAUUGCCCCAAUUUUUGAAGAGUUGGCAGAAAAGUAUACAAACAUGGUUUUCCUGAAGGUGGACAUGGACGAGGCUGAAGACGUUGGUGAAGAGUACAACGUUACUAGCAUGCCCACAUUCAUCUUCAUCAAGAAUACUAAAGAGUUGGAGCGGUUCUGUGGUGCAAACGGAGAUAAACUGAAAGCUAAAGUGGAGGAGUUUUCAAAACAGUAGUUCCAACCUUUGCACAAAAAGCUGUUCAUCUCUGUCCACAUCUGACAUUUCCUGUAUAAUAACCUCUAGGUCCACUAUCAUUAUAUACAUUUGUCUCCAUUUCUGCAAGUCACUGUCUCAUCAACCUGUUAAAUUCUGUAUCAACUGAGACUGAAUUACUUUGUGAAUUUAACAUGGUUGAAUUAAUAAAUGAGAUGAAGAUG